AUGGCCCAGAUGAACAUUAUGGACCAGCUUGCCCAACGGGUUGAAGGGUUAUCGCUCGCCGGCCUCGCGCAGAAGUAUCCAACUGCCCACCCUGAGAUCAAUCCCCUUGACCUAUAUCGGGCACAUCUUAGCGAUGUCAUGUCCAAGAUAUCCGGCGUCGAGACCUCCAUCAUUUAUCCUGUGGUGAUGUGGACUCAGGGUCUUGACAAGGGUGAUUUCGUCGUGGCAGUUCCUGCACUCCGGAUCAAGGGCCAAAAACCUGACGUCUUGGCCCAAGAGUGGGCCGAGAAGUUCCCUGAGGACGACCCUCUGUUCAAAAAGCCUGCACUUAGCGGACACUUCAUGUCCUUCUUUCUCAAGGGAGAACCCCUUGUCGAAUCCAUCAUUCCUUUGGUGAGGAAAGCCGGAAAGAGCUUCGGUAAAAACCAUUUCAACGGUCUUCGGGAUCCCAAAGACCCUGCCUCUGGCCAGAAACGCAUUAUCGUUGAAUUCAGCUCCCCAAAUGUUGCCAAGCCGUUUCACGCCGGUCAUCUUCGAUCUACCAUUAUUGGCAGUUUCAUUGCCAACGUCUACGAGGCAAGUGGAUGGGACGUCAUCAGGAUGAACUACCUCGGAGAUUGGGGCAAGCAAUAUGGACUAUUGGCUCUGGCGUACGAGCGAAAUGGGGAUGAGGAAGCACUCAAGAAGAACCCCAUUGACCACCUGUUUAAGCUGUACGUCCAGAUCAACGCAGAGAUGAGCGCUGAGAAGGAAGCUAUUGAGGAGCAGAAGAAGGAGGGCAAAGAUGUUAGUGCCAUGGAAGCCAACAGCCUCGAUGAGCAAGCCCGCCAAUACUUUAAGCGCAUGACCGACAGGGAUGAGGCUGUCCUUGACCAAUGGCAGCGAUUCAGGGACCUUAGCAUCGCUCGAUAUAAAGAAACAUACUCUCGCCUUAACAUCCAGUUUGACGAAUUCAGUGGUGAAAGCCAGGUAUCUGAGGAGUCAAUGGCCAAAGUGGCAGAGGAGAUGAAGGAGAAGGACAUUUCUCGAGAAGACAAAGGUGCUGUUCUGGUGGAUUUUACGCAGCUCCUCCCUGGCAAGGAGGGGAAGAGGCUCGGAACCACCGUUCUCCGGAAACGAGAUGGCACAGCACUCUAUCUGACUCGUGACGUCUGCGAAUUACUUGGGCGUUAUGAGAAGUACAAGUUCGACCACAUGAUUUAUGUUGUUGCAAGCCAACAGGACCUCCAUCUUAAACAACUCUUCCAGAUCAUCGAGCUACUCGGAUAUAAAGACAUUGCCAAAAAGUGUCAGCACAUUAAUUUUGGACUGGUCUUGGGCAUGAGCACGCGAAGGGGAACUGUCAAAUUCUUGGAUGAUAUUCUAAAGGACUGCGCGGAUCAUAUGCACGAGACCAUGAAGAAGAAUGAAGAGAAGUACGCUCAGAUUGAGAACCCAGUGGCCACGGCAGACACUCUCGGUAUCAGCAGUGUGAUGUGCCAGGACAUGAGUGGAAAGAGGAUAAACAACUACACAUUCAACAUGGAUGCCAUGACCUCUUUUGAAGGCGACACUGGUCCUUAUCUUCAGUAUGCACAUGCCCGACUUUGCUCUAUCAAGCGUCGUGCGAACCUCACGGACGAAGAUUUGGACAGUGCCAACUUGUCCCUGUUGAAGGAGGAUUAUGCUGUCAACAUUGUGCGCAUGCUGGUACAAUGGCCGGACGUUUUGCAAAAUGCUCUGAAGACAUUGGAACCAACAAACGUCCUCACAUAUCUGUUCCGAAUGACGCAUGUUAUCAGCAGCAGUUAUGACCACCUGCAAGUUGUUGGUAGUGAACGGGAGCUAAUGAAGGCCCGUAUGGCACUAUAUGACGCGGCACGAUCUACGUUGGCGAAUGGAAUGCGCAUUCUGGGUCUGACGCCACUUGAAAGGAUGUAA